UUGGAUGCAGCACACUAAGGUCAGAUACAGUUAAAUUCUGGUUAACAAGAACGCUGUCAGCAUAUUGCUCACUUGCUGUAAGCAUAGUCUCUCUCUCUUUCUCUAUGUCUGCCAGCUCUUCGUGAGUAUGAAGUAACAGAAGCUCCUGGUAUCUGCCUCACAGAACAUUACAACAGCACCUGCAUCCAGAUGGGGACCGCUCGCUUUGCGGUUUGGGGAUUUUUAAUCGCCAUUUUUCAGGCUUCUACAUUGAGCGCUGAGGAGCCAACAUGCAUACCUGGGUUCAAGUCGGAUAUAUUAAUUUUCAAAGUGACCAGGAAGCAUCUGACCCAGGGCACCAGACUGGGUCAAGUGAGCUUCACUGACUGCACAGGCCGCACAAGAUUCCCUUUUACCAGUGAUGACAGCCGUUUCAUGGUACAGACAGAUGGCGUAUUGAUGGUAAACCGGCCGGUAGUUCUUCACGAUGGACACCAGGACUUUGUCAUCCACGCCUGGCCACAAGGUCACAAAAUGACAGUUCCUGUCACAGUAUUGCUUCGUGGGAGUCGCCACCAAAGUGAUGAGCAUCGCCGUGGACACCACAACUACCAGCACCACCUUACUGAAUUGGACUUUGCUAAUAACACAGGGAAUGGAAAUGAUCCACAUGUGCCUGUUCUGCAUUUCCCCGUGUCUGCUGAAGGGCUGAGGAGGAGGAAGAGAGACUGGGUUAUUCCUCCACUAAAUGUUGCAGAGAAUUCCAGAGGACCCUUUCCCGAAUAUGUAUCUCAUAUCCGUUCAAAUGAAGAUAAAAACAAGAAGAUUAUUUACAGCAUCACUGGUCCAGGAGCUGAUCAGCCUCCUCUUGGUCUUUUCUUCAUGAACAAAGAUACUGGUCGUCUCUAUGUCACACAACCACUGGACAGAGAGAAGCAGGCCGAGUACAGGUUUCUAGCGCAUGCUGUGGCAGAAGGCGUGGGAAAUGCGGAGACACCUAUGGAGAUUGUAGUGAAUGUAAUUGAUCAGAACGACAACAACCCUGUUUUCACUCAAGACAUCUUCCUGGGAGUAGUUCCUGAGGCCUCACCAAAAGGUUUUGAGGUGAUUACAGUUGUGGCCACAGAUGAAGAUGAUCCAAGUACUAACAAUGGAGUAAUCCGUUACAGUAUUCUGAGCCAGGACCCACCGUUUCCCAGUGACCCCCUUUUUGAAAUCAACACAGUCACUGGGGUCAUCAGAGUCAGUGGUCAUGGGUUAGACAGAGAGAAAUACCCACAGUACACUCUGAUGGUACAGGUUGCAGACAUGGAGGGAAAAGGGUUGGCAGGUCAAGCCAAAGUAAUCCUGACUGUAACGGAUAGCAAUGACAAUGCUCCAGCCUUCACUCAACCCUUUUAUAAUGCAUCAGUACCAGAAAAUAAAGUGGGUGCUCUGGUCGUUACAAUGUCGGUAACGGAUGCUGAUGAGCCUCAGUCCCCAGCCUGGAAUGCCAAGUUCAAAAUUGUCCUUGGUGAUCCUGGAGGACUUUUUGCUGUGACAACAGGAAGUAACAAACAAGAUGGAAUCAUUACUACGGCCAAGCCCCUUGAUUUUGAGAGGACCAGCAAACACACACUUCUUGUUGCAGUGGAGAAUGAUGUUCCUUUUGCUGUUCCGAUGCCGACUUCUACCGCCACAGUGGUGGUGAAUGUGAUAGAUGUCAAUGAGGCACCCAUCUUUGAACCAUUAGAGAAGCAAGUGUCAAAACCAGAGGACCUUCCUGUCAACAGUGAUGUGGCGUUGUACACUGCCUUUGACCCAGACACAGCACGCAAACAGAAAGUCAUGUAUAAAACACUUAGUGACCCUGCAGGCUGGCUCAAUGUGAACAAAGACACGGGCGAGAUAACAGUCAAUCGCCUAAUGGACAGAGAGUCCCACUUUGUCAAGGACAGCAAAUACACAGCACUCAUUGGUGCAUAUGACAAUGAUGAAAUCCCAGCCACAGGAACUGGUACUCUGAUCAUUCAGCUUGAAGAUGUCAAUGACAACGCACCCACCAUUGAUCAGCGUGAAAUCAAGGUGUGUAACAAGAAACCAGGCCCUCAGUAUCUGUCAGUAACAGAUAUAGAUGGACCGUCCUUUGCUUCUCCAUACAGCGUCUCCUUACAGGGCACGUCAAAGAACAACUGGACUGCUAGGAUGAACGACACCCAAACGGGCAUUAUCCUAACUCUAACCACUGAGCUGGCCAGUGGAGACUACACUGUGGUCAUGAGGGUUGCUGACAAGGAGGGCCUGGAGCAGGAUAACACUGUCAAGGCUGUAGUGUGUGACUGCACUGGGGAAGACGUGUCCUGUGGAGAACGUGUUGUCGGUGGCACCAAUCUACCUGUUAUCCUAGGAAUACUGGGAGGCAUCCUGCUGCUGCUCAUGCUGGUGCUUCUGCUGCUGCUAUUUGCGAGACGGAGACGAGGAGAGAAGAAGGAGCCUCUACUGCCGGAUGACGACAUCAGAGACAAUGUCUAUUACUAUGACGAAGAGGGAGGUGGAGAGGACGAUCAGGACUAUGAUCUCAGUGUUCUUCAUCGUGGUCUGGACAACCGGCCUGAGGUGUUCAGGAACGACGUAGUGCCAAACUUCAUGCCGGCACCUCAGUACCGGCCUCGUCCUGCCAACCCAGAGGACAUCGGCAACUUCAUUGAUGAUAACCUGAAGGCAGCUGACGGCGACCCGACAGCACCACCCUAUGACUCCCUGCUGGUGUUUGACUAUGAGGGAGGUGGCUCUGAUGCAGGGAGCCUCUCCUCCCUGAACUCGUCAAGCAGUGGAGACCAGGACUACGAUUGCCUCAGUGAAUGGGGACCCCGCUUCAAGAAACUAGCUGACAUGUAUGGAGGAGGAGAAGAUGACAUGCUGUAAAUGUACCAAAGAACAAACCAUUUGAAUAGGUGGAUGCACAUACAGCUGUGUGAACGUUAGAUUGAUGAAAGCAUGAACUGAUAAAUGAAUGCAUUCCAGGAAGACAACAGAUAUUCAUGCUGAUGAUAUUUUUUUGGGAUGGAUUUGGAUUUACUUUGUCAGGGUAGUGCUGUUGGCAGUUAACAGCUGCUGCUCAGAAUCCAAAUUAUGAAUUAUUUUUAAUAUACAAGUGGUUCAGUUUGAAUGGGGAAGCUCUGCCUGCAUAUCUUUCAAAUUCCUGUUUGACUUCUAGGUUUAAAGAUGACUUAUUUUGUGCCCAGUGAGUUCUGGAGCCCAUUCUUCAGUCUGAUUUAUGGAUUUUGUCCACAUAUUUUAACCUGCCUUGUUGCUUACUGGGUAACACUGGAAAUGCACACAUGCUAGCAGUUGCAUUGGUAAUGAUUGUAAAAGUUUGGCAAUGUAUGGUACUUUUUUUCUGUAGUUUGUACAAUUGUAACAGUUUAAUGCUUUUGUUUCACAAAUGAAAUUGCAGAUGAUUGAGGUGAAAUUCUAGUAGUCGGCUAACACUACAUCACCCUUUUUGUGUGGUCUCAGUUAAAUGCUUUGUUCAACUGACCACUUUAUUACACUGUAAUGGCAACUGGUUUUGUAGUUACCUCUAACAGUACUUUAUUUCAAAUGCUUUAAUUUUGAAUUUUUUUUAUAAAGUUCUUAUACAAUUUCUGGA